CAGUGCUGAUCACAGGCUUCGCAGUGAGUCUCACAAUCCUCUUAUCACACACACACACACACACACACACAAAUAUAUACAAUACAAACAGAACUUGCUACCAACACGCAUUCAUAGCCCUUCAAAAAGGGCUACCCCGUCAAUCCCUCCUGGGAAAUCGCCCGCUCCCUCCCGGAAUGGCUUCCCCCCCUCCGCGCCAAGACCAGUUCCACCACCGGCUCCGGCUCCGGCUCCGUCUCCACAACAACAACAACCACCCCGACCAACACGGCCAACACGGCGAUCCCCCCGGUCCGCCUACUCGUGCACCCCGAGCCGAUCCGGGUCAACUACAAGACGGUCCGCGCGCUCGUGCCUGCACUAUGGAACCUAGACAGCACAGCCACAACCCCAGACACAGAUGCAAACCCAGACCCAGACCCAAAUCCUAAUCCUCAUCCUAGUCCUAAUAACGAUGACGAUGACGAUGGCGAUGAUGAACCCAGCAUGAGCGUGAGCAAGAGCGAGCAGAAGACGACGCGACGGCCCGACCUGGCGAUCCACAUCGGCAUGGCCGGCCCGCGGCUGUUCUACUCGAUCGAGCGGCGCGGGCACCGGGACGGGUAUGUGAUGCGGGACGUGGACGGGGAGCUGCUGGGCGAUGACGGCGAGGGGGACGAGAAGUGGGUGUGGCACGGGGUGCCGGGGGAGUUGGAGACGGAGUUGGAUGUAGAGGAUGUUUUGCGGAGGUGGAGGGGGAAUUCGCCUAUGUACACGGAUUUGCGAAUCUCGGAGGACGCGGGGCGCUAUCUGUGCGACUUCAUCUACUUCUCCAGUCUGGCGCACUUGUACAAGGCUGGCGAGAGGAGGAAGGUGCUGUUUCUGCAUGUGCCGUCGGAUGCGUCGGAGCACAGUAUCGCGCUCGGCAGGGAGCUGUUGCUGCAGCUGGUCCGGUCAGUGGUCGAGAGUGAGGUUGCUCGUCAGGGGAAGGGCAAGGGGAAGGAGGAGGCGGGCUGACUCGGCAGGUAGUUAUCUCGGG